AUGGUGAGGCACGAGUUCGUGGUUCUGACCGGCCGCCCCGGAGUGGGGAAAACAACUUUAGUGAAGCGUGUGGUCGAAUCGCUCACGAAACACGGGGCGAGUGUGUCGGGCUUUUACACGGAAGAACUGAGAGAAAAUGGGCGUAGAAUCGGCUUUGAUGUCAUCACCACGACUGGCAAAAGGGGUCCGCUGGCUCGAAUACGCGAAUUGUGCGGAGACGAAGCGGGGCCGUCGGUGGGGCAGUACUGCGUCAACCUCGUGUCAUUUGAGGCUGUCGCUCUCGAGUCCCUGCAAGCACCUUGCGAUGUCGUCAUUUUGGACGAAGUCGGCAAGAUGGAACUCUUCUCUCAACGCUUUCAGCAGCGAGUGCAGGAGCUCAUUUUGAGUCCGGACCGUUGCAUCCUCGUCACCGUGCCCGUUGCCGGAGGGAGACCGCUGCCUCUGGUCGAGCGGAUAAGAGGUCACCAAAGCGCCACGGUCAUCGAAAUAAACCACGAUAAUAGGAACCAUCGACUCGCGGAGAUAUUGUCCCUAAUUCACGAUGCUAUCCGUAAAUAAACGCAGGCAUACGUGCCCGUAACACACUA